AUGCUGCUGCUGCUGCUGCUGCUGCUGCUGCUGUUCCUGGGAAGUGCCACAAGCAGAUGCCUCCACGAUGAGACACAGAAGUCUGUGAGCCUGCUCAGGCCCCCUCUCCCACAACAUGCCCCAGACUUCCGCUCUUCCUCCUUCAAUCACAGUGGCUCUCGUGAUCCUCAACCCCUGAGGAUCCAAACCUGCUAUAUCAGAGAUCCUGUAUCAGAUGGAGUUUGGGAUCCUGAGAGAGUCAGAAUGAGAGGGGAACCUCGAGCCCUGGUGGCUGCUAGACAGGCGGCUAGGCGACUCCAGGGUGUCCUUGCAGUGCAAGGGCCCCUGCUUCUGAGUCGAGACCCUGCACAGUACUGCCAUGCUGUCUGGGGAGAUCCAGACACCCCAAACUACCACAAGUGCAGCCUCUUGAACCCAGAGUACAAAGGAGAGAGCUGCCUGGGAGUAAAGAUCCCUGAUGCCCAUCUCCGUGGUUAUGCAUUGUGGCCAGAGCAGGGUCCCCCACAACUGGUCCAGCCAGAUGGGCCUGGGGUCCAAAACACUGAUUUUCUCCUGUAUGUGCGGGUUGCCCACACUUCCAAGUGCCAUGGAGAGGUGAGGCCCUAAUCAAAUCCUUUUCCCUGUUCUUCCUCUCCUACAUCCCUGUUGAGUUCCAUGAGUGUCUAUUUUCAAGAAGAUUUCUUCUAUGUUCCCCCACAUCCCUGCUUUCCACCUCUACCUUUCCUGGCCCAUCCACAGCCUUCUAUCAUAGCCUAUGCUGCCUGCUGCCAGCUGGACUCAGAAGACAGACCCCUUGCUGGUACCAUUGUCUACUGUGCCCAACAUCUCGCCAGCCCCAGACUCAGCCAUAGUGACAUCGUCACGGCCACACUACAUGAACUGCUCCAUGCUCUGGGUUUCUCUGGACAGCUCUUCAAGAAGUGGCGGGAUUGCCCUUCAGGCCCCAGGGUUCCAGAGAACUGUUCUACAAGACAACAAGUCACAAGACGAGAUGAGUGGGGACAGCUGCUUCUGACCACCCCAGCUGUCAGCCACAGCCUGGCCAAACACUUGGGAGUGCUAGGGGCUUCACUGGGUGUUCCCUUAGAAGAAGAGGGCCCUUUGUCUUCACACUGGGAGGCCCGACUGCUCCAGGGUUCUGUAAUGACCGCUACCUUCGAUGGUGCCCGGCGCACUCGACUCGAUCCCAUCACUCUUGCUGCCUUCAAAGAUUCAGGCUGGUACCAAGUCAACCACAGCGCUGCAGAGGAGCUGCUGUGGGGCCGGGGAUCUGGCCUGGAAUUUGGCCUGGUGACCACAUGCGGGGCUGACUCCUCAGACUUCUUCUGUACAGGCAGCGGACUGGGUUGCCACUACCUGCACCUGGACAAGGGAAGCUGUUCCUCAGACCCUGCUCUGGAAGGCUGCCGCAUAUUCAAGCCCUUGGCCAAUGGGAGUGAAUGCUGGAAGAAGGAAAAUGGAUUCCCACCUGGGGCAGACAACCCCCAUGGGGAAAUUUACCAUUCCCAGAGUCGUUGCUUCCUUGCCAACCUCUCUUCACAACUGCUCCAUGGGGACAAAACCAGGCAGCUCUCUCAGAUCUCAUACCUGAAGGAAGCUGAGCUGACUGGCCGCUGCUACUUACAUCAAUGCACAGAGAGGGGAGCAUACAAGGUGCAGGUAGAGGGAUCACCCUGGGCCUCAUGCCUUCCUGGAAACGCUAUUCAGAUACCUGGGUACUAUGGUCUUCUCUUCUGUCCCUGGGGUCGGCUGUGUCAGACGAAUGAAGGUACCAAUGCUGUUACUUCCCCACCUGUGAGUCUUUCCACCCAAGACCUGUUAUUCUAUCUCUCUUUACAAUUAGCUGGGCCCCCAGGCCACUCUGUGGGGAAGGAAACACUAGAAGAGCUGACUGAAGCCGUACUACAGGCUCUGGUGAGCAGAGAACCCGCUGGCAGGUGCUAUUUCCACAGCCCCUCCACUACCACUGGUCUGGUGUUCACUGUGUACAUGUGGAAGUCCUCUGGCUGCCAUGGGCCCUCGGUUGGUAUGCUACACAGGGCCCUGGCCCUGAGUCUCAAGCAGCAGCCCCUAGAAGUGUAUUAUGGAGGAGCCAGCUUUACCACAGAACACAGCAAGUCGCUGGUUACCUUGGACCGUAAUUCCUCCAUGACUCAUCUAGGGCUGUCCGUGGGGGUCUGCCUAACUCUGCUUAUCCUGGUGGGUACACUGGGAACCAUGGCCUAUCAGAAAAGAGCUAUUCUUCAGGUGGCACCAUCUGCCCCUCACCAUUCACCAGAGCUCCAAGACACAAGGGGCCCAGCUGAAGGAAUAAGAGAGGUGUGAUAUUACCCAGACUAUGACAGGGUAGAUAGGGCAGAUUAUUUCUUGGAAGACAACUGGAUGGAAAGUCUAU